CCGGUUUAUUACCGUCGCGGCACUGAUUUCCGGUCUGAUUUCCAAACUGAUAACAACACCUGACAGUAACUGAAAGUGGAGACAUAUGGUUUGUCCAUCCAGUGCUUUUGUCCACUAUAUGGUCAUUGUCUAAAGAACAACCUUUCCUGGUGUAUAAUGUACAGCAUCAUGUAAACAAUAGUUGAGAAAUUUUCCGCCAAAUUGUGAAAACUGCGGAAGACUUCACAAGGACACAAACUUAUUGGUUGAAUUCCUUUCUGUCAUACCUACACGAUCCAACUUUAAGUUUGAAAUAAUGUUACCGAAAUAACAUCACCGUGAGAUGCUAGUGUGUCUUAUUGUGGUCUAACAUGGAGAUUGAAUAUAUUAUUAGAAAACAUUGGCAAUAAUCGGACAGAGUGGAAGGUCGCUUCAGGCUGCCACAUUCUUGCCACUUUUGGAAAAUGAUUGACAGUAGUUUGUUUAACAAAAAAUGUCAUAGUGUAAUAAUUUCCAGAGCAGUAUCAGAACCCUAUCCAACAUUAUGACGUCACUGCGGUGUCGUCUCGUGGGCAGAGUGGAGUGCUACUAUGGAUCAAUGGCGUUCUUCCAAACAAUUAUACACAACAUAUUUCUCCUCUAUCAUGUUGAUUUGUUUGUUUCCGUUUACAAAAUCGACAAGAUGUCAUUUUGGGUUGGAGAAACCAUAUUUCUGAUCUGGAACUCGCUAAAUGACCCUCUUUUUGGAUGGUUGAGUGAUAAGCAGUACCUGUCCAGAUCAAAUAAUCAUUCAGAACCCCCCAGCAGUGCCUUAGAAGUUGUAACCAAUCGUCUCAAUGCUCUCAUGUACACUGGGCCUCUAAUGGCUGUGUCUUUUGUUUUAUUUUGGUUUCCAUGGGGAUAUCCUGGUCUCCAGUUUGCCGUUUGCCUCUGCCUAUACGAUGGGUUUCUUACUAUGGUGGAUUUACACCAUUCCUCAUUACUAGCCGAUUUGGCCGUGUCUGCCAAGGAACGCACACAGCUCAACACAAUGAGCUCCUUUUUUAGUGCAAUAGGUUCAGCCUCCGUGUUUUUUUCCUACUCAGUUUGGAGUAAAGAAAAUCUGAGUUCCUUCAGAAUAUUUUGUUUGUGUUUGGCUGUGUUUGCAUUCCUAGGAUUUUUUAUAGCAGCAAAUUUGAUGAAACAUGAGAGAACAAGAAGUUUGAAGAAAUCUUUUUCAUACGAUGACUCUUGGAGUAGCAGGUCUGACUCGUAUGAUGGCCCUGGUCAAGCAGUGAAACCAGGCAUCGUAACGUUUGUGUCACAGCUUAGUAAACAACGCAACUUUAUUUGGUUUACCCUUAUGAACCUAAUCCAGGUUUUUCACUGUCAUUUCAAUAGUAACUUUUUUCCGUUAUUUUUGGAAAAUUUAUUAGGAAAUUCUGUGAGUUCAAGCUUUGGAUCUUUUUUGAUAGGUAUAUCUUUCCUGGCGCCCCAUGUAAACAAUCUGUUUUUCCUGGAGUUGUGUAAGCGGUAUGGUGUCUAUACAGUGAUACAGAUCCUCUUCUCCAUCAAACUUGCCCUCAGCCUUUUCAUGUUCUUCAUGGGACCUAACAACCUAUGGCUACUCUGCCUUUUUAUAGCCAGCAACCGCGUGUUUACUGAGGGGACAUGUAAGCUGUUAAACCUUGUGAUCAGUGACCUUGUAGACGAGGACUAUGUCCUUCACAACCGGAAACGUGCAGUCUCUGCCCUUAUCUUCGGGAGUACUGCCCUUCUAUCCAAACCAGGACAGACCCUAGCCCCACUGAUCGGGAUGUGGUUGCUAGCUAUGCAGACAGGUCAUGACAUUUUCCAGACUAGUAACAAGAUAGUAUCCCUACAGCUUGGGGACGGUGAGGUUGGACCGAGUGCCCAUGAACAGUACCGACAAGGCUGCUUCAACCUGCUCGUUUACAUUCCCAUUUUGUGUGCCGUCGUCCAGAUCGCUGUCUGGUCACAGUUCAAACUUCAUGGUCACCGACUCCGAUGGGUCAAAUCCUGUCGCACAGGAACCGACCACUCAUUAAUUUAAGACAUAUGAGAUUUUUAUCUGAUCGUGAUUAUUGUUUUUUAUUCUGUCUUGUAUCACAAAUGUGAGUCAAAGAUUUUAUAUCAUAUUGUAAAUCCCUUUACCCCAAACUGCUGCAAGGAUCAUUACUGCUGAUUUUGAAACCUGUUUGAUUAUUCACAAUAUUUAUUCAUAAAAAACAACUUGAUAAUUUCAUUUUAGUUAUAAUUUAUCCAUAUUUUAAUUUACCAAAUAUUUUCAUGCUUCGUUUUUCCACUUGGGAACCAAAUAAUUUUCAAUGAAGUUUGUGCUUAUUUUUAAUAACAGUGAUACAAAUACAGUUGUAGUCAUGCAUUGGUGCUUAAAAUCACAGGGACAAAUACCAUGUGAUUUUGAAUGUACAUGUAGCAAAUACGUUAUGUUGCAAGUUUCUAAUUAAAUUAGGACUUUUAAGAUUUUUAUGUUUUUUGACAUGCCAUAUUCAGACCAUAUUGUUUAUUUAAUUGGUGUCACAUUACAGGUGUACAGAAGUGGAAAUCCAUGUCCAUUGUAGCGUACGUGUAGGUAAUUUUAUCAUUCCUGUAACGUGUACACGUUAUUAUACCAGUAAAUCACUGUCCAUUUGGGGUAAGAAUAUCCUUUUGAUUUAAAAAUUUAAUUGUACAUAUAGAUAUUGCCAAUGACACAUAAUAGAUUUACCUGUAAGGUUUAAUGAUUGGAUUUUGUAGUUUUAAACUUUUUUUUUAUAUAAUUCUUCUAUUUUUUAUUUAAUUCUUCUAUUUACAUGUUCCUACAACAUAACUGAUGAAAGUAAUGUCUAUUCUUUAUAAUUGAGUAUCAUUUACUUGUUCGUAUGUACAAUAGAUGAAAUUGCCCUCAAUACAAUCAAAAUCAAUAUUGUUGAAAAAAGAUGUAGGGAUUCUACUUUUUCCUUGACCAAGCUGUGAUAACAUCAUAAUUUGAUGGGCCAAGCUGUGAUGAUGUUUAUUUUGGCAAAUGCCAUGGUACUUCGUUCAUCAUUUGCAUGUAGAUUUGUCAGUUUUUCACAUUUUUACCUAAAGAUAUUGUUUUACACUCAGCACUAGAGAAAUACCACAGAAUAUUUUUGUUGAAAUAGUUUAUCAUUGCCAAUCAAAAAUCGAGAAUGCACCGUAGAAUACUUUUGUUAUCAAAUCCCUUAAUUUGCAACAGAAAAAUGACACCGUACAGAAAGCUUAUGUUAUAAGAGGUUUUCAUUGCAUAUCAACAAUAGGAUCACCACAGAAUAUUUUUGUCAGCAUCAUAGGCAGACAUAUAUAUUCCAAUUUGUAAUAUAUAUGUCUCUGUCGUAGGUAGUCAAAUGGAAUCAUUAUUACCAGGUAGGUACCCUUAGUUUUUGUUGUCAUUAUUUAUUCUAUAAAAACUUUGGCCUCUAUAAGGAUGGCAGUCCCACCAAUUUUCUACUGUGUACAUGGACAGUGCUUUUUUGUGUAUAUUUAAUUGGUGUUAUUUCCUCUGUAUUCAUACAAAUACCAUUUUAAGCUGCAUCUAUUGGGGAGUUGGCAAUAUUUAUUUCAUGACCAGUAGUGUAGUAUAUAAACUCUCCCUUUUAUAGUCAAGAGGUCUUGGAAUAGAAUGUUGUGUAGGAGCUGAGGUGGUUUUUUUUGAAAAUGGAAAUUAUAAUUAUUAGAUUUCUUUCAUGUAUAACUUUUUGCUGCAAAAGUGAGCAAGCAACUCCUAAGUCAGACAUUUGGGCGAGAGACUGGGAAUCUUCUCUGUGAAAGAUACAACAUAGAACACUGGAACUCUCUUGCCAAGAGAUUGGAACUCUUCUCUGUUAAAGAUACAACAUAGAACACUGGAACUCUCUUGCCAAGAGAUUGGAACUCUCCUCUGUUAAAGAUACAACAUAGAACACUGAAACUCUCUUGCAAAGUGAUUGGAACUCUUCUCUGUUAAAGAUUCAACAUAGAACACUGGAACUCUCUUCCUUAAUAUAGAUAAAAAUGCUUGAAAUAACUAGAUACAUAUUAGUUCUCUUUUAUCUCUACUGUGGAAUAUAUUUAACUCAUUUACCUCUGAAGACACAUUUGAAUUCUUCCAAAUCAAAGGUUGGAAUAGUUCAUCAUGAAGUUUCACUCGUAUAACAGGUAGCCAUUCAUAUAACAGGUAGCCACUCAUAUAACAGGUAGCCACUCAUAUAACAGGGAGCCACUCGUAUAACAGGUAGCCACUCGUAUAACAGGAAGCCCCUCGUAUAACAUGUAGCCACUCAUAUAACAGGUAGCCAUUCAUAUAACAGUUGGUAGCCACUAGUAUAACAGGUAGCCACUCGUAUAACAAAUAACCACUCGUAUAACAGGUAGCCAUUCAUAUAACAGUUGGUAGCCACUAGUAUAACAGGUAGCCACUCGUAUAACAGGGAGCCACUCAUAUAACAGGUAGCCCCUCGCAUAACAGGAAGCCACUCGUAUAACGUGUAGCCACUCAUAUAACAGGUAGCCACUCGCAUAACAGGAAGCCACUCCUAUAACAGGGAGCCACUCGUAUAACAGGGAGCCACUCGUAUAACAGGGAGCCACUCAUAUAACAGGUAGCCACUCGCAUAACAGGAAGCCACUCGUAUAACAUGUAGCCACUCAUAUAACAGGUAGCCACUCGUAUAACAGGGAGCCACUCAUAUAACAGAGAACCACUCGUAUAACAGGUAGCCACUCGUAUAAUAGGAAGCCCCUCGUAUAACAGGUAGCCACUCAUAUAACAUGUAGCCACUCCUAUAACAGGGAGCCACUCGUAUAACAGGGAGACACUCGUAUAACAGGGAGCCACUCGUAUAACAGUUAGCCACU